GUGUACACCACACGUAUUACCAUACCCGUCUUCUUCUACAUACACAUCCAUACAAAGACGACAUUAUAUAUCAAUUGUGAUUUUUAUUUAUCGUUUUGUAUCAGCUUGUCAUUGUAAUCCAGCCCUGGUUAUCUUCUUUUGAACAGAUACCGAUUUUAAGUGAAACAUCUGUUCGAGGAUUAAGAGCGAUGUUUAUGAUGACAAUGUAGGACGCGGUAGAUGUUUUACCCCACAGGAUUAUGUACAUGUAUCGAUGUGUUUACUUUGAACCAAUGUAGAGUGUUUUUUUUCCUACAUAUUGGGAUGGUUUUGUAACACUGCGACGCUUCACUGAAAAUACCACAUCUGUGUCACGUGAUAACUUCAUCGAAAAACAGUUUGUUCACCAUUUCUGGAAAACGACGUUGGUCUGAAUAUUAGCUUGAAAUCAGAGCGAAAAUGCCCAUGAACAAAAAAACACUCCUGUUAUCCCUAACGAUAUUGAACAUCUUGCUCUUUACUUCUAUCUUCAGGAGCAUCAAAGAAGAGGAACGUGCAUCGUUACGUGACACUGCGAAUUUCAUUGAAGAGAACAACCGUGGGUUACAAUUGAAUUACAAACAGGAACGCCCCCGUGACGAUUACCAAGAUGGAGUAAACAAACUCGAUUUUGACACAAAAUCAACACAACACCCAAAUACAGACUCCCCAAAGGUGUUUCAACACUCGGCAGGUCCAACUCCCAUAAUUCUUCACACGUACAUGCGCAGUGGAUCUUCCUUCGUCGGUGACCUACUUAAGGCCGGGACUGGAACGUACUACACAUUUGAACCGAUACAUGCUUUGCAGUUUACAAUCAGACACAUGGUACCUAUUAGGUACCUCAAUAAGCCAUCCAAGACUUUGGUAUGUCCAGGCCUUGGGACAGACUCCAUGGCCUUCCAAAACGUUGGUGAACCUGCAACACUAAGGCCGGGCUAGGCGCUAGGAAACAGAAAAAUUUUCAACAAUUUUCUGGACGUUGCUGUACCAACGGUGAGGGACAUGGUCACGUGUCAAUUUUCCAAACUUCCGGUUCCGUAUUUUGAGGACGGGUUUUUCUCCUAUAGUACCAGAGCUAGUAUAUUUACUCAAUGUAAUAAAGGAGAAAGAAUGAUAACCGACACGGAUAGAGCGAACACGUGUGCAGAGGAAUUAUCAAAAGAAUGUUCCAAGUCGUCUUCUUUCGUAGCAAAGAUAAUUCGCCUGCCAUUAUACUCUCUUGAGGAACUUAUGGAACAAAUUCCGAAUUUAAAAAUUAUACAUUUACUGAGGGAUCCAAGACCUACAAUGUUAUCGCAGAUGAGAGCCGGUAACGUAAAACAUAAAUAUUUAAAAACAAACGUCACAAGUUAUUGCAAUCGUGUAUAUGAUGACGUCGUCAAGGCGGACGAUUUUAACCGGAAGUUCCCUGGUCGAUUGCUGCGCGUGCAUUAUGAGGACAUUGUAAUGAAACCCUUCGAACUAACCCGAAAAAUGUACGAUUUUGCUGGCAUGCCCUUUACGAACAGAGUAAGUGAUACGAUAUCUCGCCUGACUGGACAUACGGAGCAUCACAAAAGUUCUAACGAUAAAGCGUCGGCGUGGCGGUCAAGUGUUGACAUGGAUUUCAUACAUACUGUUGACACGGCAUGUAACCUGCUAUACGCCAAAGUUGGCUUCCAGGCCAUGGCUACGGAAGCCGAUAUACGAGACACGACAAAAGGUCUAAGGGGCCCGCCGCCUCCUUUUGAUGACUUUCGAUUAGCAUAGAUAUAUAAAAAAUAGAAUGAUACAUAAAACAUUAGCAAGAUCCUAGCGUAAAAAUGUCAUUGUGUUAUCUUAUUUAAAAACAGACUCGAUAGACAUGCAUUGAUAAAGAACUGAUUUAUAUUUACGUAGCGGAAAUUCUACGUUAGACAGUCACAGGUGAUGUCCAUAACUGAAUUGUAUCUACAUUUUGUUAUAUAUAUGUGUACUUACAUAUGUAUAUUUUGAAAUCAUGUUUGAAUCCGGUGAAAAGGAUCUAAACAAAAUAAAUAAAAUAUAAUAAAAUCUCGAUAUACUGACGCUUGUGUAUCACCGUGCAGUACAACUUCACUAUACUGUCCUUCGUUUGUCAUUUAAAGUCAAAUUUUUAUAUUUAAUGACAUUCUCUGAACUCUGUACAGUAAAAUACUGAUAUGAUACCAUUCGUUGUCUCUGUAUUAUGAAGCUUCGAUAUAAUGUCCCUCGUUUGUCACUAUACACUAUGGGCGGAUUGGUCGAGGGGUUAACACUUCGGCCUUCCA